AUGUAUACGGAGAAUAGGGGAGGUGAUCCGCUCUUGCCCCCUUUUUCACACAAGGACACGACUCUCCCACAGGUCAACGUAUUGGGAUCUGAGAUCGAGGAGCCGAUGAGCCCUGACCGUUAUCGGCCGCAAAACAGCGCGGCUCGUGAGCAUAACUGGACAGUUCCGUAUGAGUCUUCACGGCCGGCAUCGCAGGCAUCGUCUAGCUCGAUGCCAUUGCCGAAUGGGGCACCCGCACAUUUUCCGCAGCGCAAUAGGCAAAGCGAACUGCCGCCAUCGUAUGCGUCUGUUGUGAGUGUUGAUACGCAUGUAGAAUCACGCGCAACUCAUGCAAGGCAGCGUACGGAUACCGAGAGAACAUUCGUGCAGAAUGUGCAAGAGCCGAGCAUCAAUUAUUGUGGGCGGCAGCCGGCCAUGCACCACGGAGACGACUUUAUGGCGACCGAUACGGAUACAAUAUCCAUCAACUCGAUGGAUGUUGUGAUGACUGACCAACGCGAUUUUCGCCGGCGAAAGCCUCUGGGUCUGUACAGACACCGCUCAGCGUCCGAUAUUGGCUAUGGGUUUCUUGCUACUACCGAGGUGGAGAACACAGAAGACGAGUCUACUGGGCGUGCCUCAAGGGGCCAAACCCGCCGUUUUUACGACUCUCAACGGAAAGGAUCUGUCUCUACUAUUUCGAGGAAAGGCAUCUCGGAGCAAAGAUCAACACCUGUUGAGCCUUUGAAGCCGUUGCCUCAAGCGUUCAUGGUUUUGCUGCAUAGCCUUCGCUUGUUCGCCACCGUCCCUGGAAUUAUUGGCACUGUUCUUUUAUUUUCUCGCGGAUGGAUACAAGUGAUGGAGCAUAACCGUUGGUUUCGCACACCAUUUUUGGUAACCGUUCCUGGUGGCUUGGAGUACUUUGUGUGCUGCUUCUGGAGCGUGUGCACAGCCUUUCACGCGCUUUCCCUCAUGACACUUUUACUCCGCCGAUGGCUGAUCUACUACGCACUGCUGCCGUCUCUGAUUCGUCUUAUUGCGUUUCAGUCUAUCUGCUGGUCGUUGGUACGCAUGUCUCUGUAUAUUUUUGGUCCUUCGCAGCCGAUUGGUGGAUGGGUUGUUGUUUCUACAUUUACCGCCGCUGUCGAUGGGAUCGUGCGCUGGAUGACGAGCAACAUUGCAGAUGUGGAUGAAUCUUCACUCGACCACCACUUGCAUUCAGACUAUCCGGAUACGUGUCCUUCUGACGCUGAAGGUCUUUUAAGCGCUGGGGAGGCUUUUUCAUGCAGCGAAACCUUCCCACACAAGCCGCAGCUAGCGACCUACACGGACAGGCAGCUUGCACGGUACCGUGAACAAGGUGUGCAGCUUUUUCGCGCCCUCAUUGGCGGUCUGCCCGAUGACAUGUCCGCGCUGGACUCGGACUCUUUCGAGGCAGACACACGUACAGAGAUGAAUUCAAGCCUCUUUGACGACUCAGUCUCUGUGCGGGAUAGGUUUAGGCCUAACACGGAGACGUCACACAGCUGUAUUUCCUCUGUCACUGAUGCACCUUCCAACCCGGGCUUUGCAUGCCCUCAAAUUGACGCAUUGCGUUGGCGCCAGCGCAUCGAUGCGCGGCGCGAUAAAGCAGCUAAAUCUCGAACUCGGCGGUCGCUGCGGAAAAAGAAGGCGUCGAAACCGGAGAUUUCCUCCUUCUUCCAAAACUACCGUGCCGCAAGGAUCCACUCGAGGCGCGUAUUCCAUUGGGAAGUGGCCAUGUGGCGUAACGUUGUGCCCAUCGCCGUACUGGGCUAUUUGACACUAUGGGUCUUUAUUUUGGGAUGGUCCGCCCAGUCCCACGGCCCUUAUACCCAUCCACCAUCACAGUAA